AUGGCGCCAACCCUGCCUCACUCACUGCCAGCAGCUGCUGAGAAGCAGCAGUAUGUCACCAUUUCUGCACUGGAGUCAGGACAGUUGACGCUUCCUGAGCGACUGUUUGUCACAGAUGCAGACCCGGAGAAGAAGGCCACUGUGCCAUCCAUGGCAUUCUUGGUCCGACAUCCUUCGCCAGGUGCGAACGGACGAUCUACAACCAAUUUAGUGUUCGAUCUUGGCAUCAAGCGAGACGUCACGAAGUACAUGCCGGCGAUGCAGACUCAUAUCAGCAACCGUCAACCAACGAUUCAUCAUCCCGAUACUGCCGACAGCCUGAGGAAGGGAGGGCUGGAUCCCGCAAAUGAUAUUGACAUAGUGAUGUUGAGUCAUGUUCACUGGGACCACGUUGGGACGCCGGAGGACUUCACUGGCUCCCAAUUCGUCGUGGGUAGCGGUACGAUACAUCUUCUAGAGCACGGAGCGCCACCGCACUACCCAAAGGAAAUCUUCGACCCUGAUAUGCUCCCUCGAGAUCGCACAAAAGAAUUGCCUCCAGUCGGUAAGAGCACAACAGCAUUCUCAUCUCAGACCACACAGAAAUGGGAACCACUCGCCUCGUUCCCAGCAGCGCUUGACUUCUUCGGCGAUGGCUCAAUAUAUGUCAUUGACACCCCUGGUCACCUCUUUGGACAUGUCAACUUGCUUUGUCGCAUUGGCCCGAACAAGUGGAUUUAUCUGGGCGGAGACUGCUGUCACGACUACAGAAUCUUGACUGGGGAGAAAGACAUCGCGUUAUACGAUGAUGGACACGGCGAGCUGCGCAGCGUGCACGUGGAUACGGAUGCAGCGAAGCAGUCCGUAGGCCACAUCAAGACCUUGAUGCCGGGCGGAGAGUUACUCGCUGAUGGAGUCAAUAAGGUAGAGGUCAUUGUUGCUCACGAUGGAGGCUGGCGGGAGAAGAACAAGGACAGGUUCUUUCCUGGCACUGUGUAG